AUGGGAGCUUCACAUUCGGUGAUCACGGCACUUCAGUCACUUUUAAAACAGCAUGAACUAAAGCUUUCAAAAAGAACGUUGGAAGGAUUUAUUACGGAAAUUGAUCGCAUCGCUCCCUGGUUUGUAUGUUCAGGGUCGCUGACGUUUGCUUCCUGGGAUAAGCUAGAAGGUGAUUUACGGAGGGAGGAAGGAAAUGGAAAGCUAAAAGUUGGAACUAGGUCAUUGUGGAUUUUAGUAAAAUCUUGCUUAGAAGAUGAGAAAUGCCACUCAUCUGUGGCAGCUGGCCAAGGGGUGUUAGAGGAACUACAAGACAGCAUGUCAGAAACAGAACAGGAUAAAAGUGCUCCUCCACCUUAUGUUGAGAGGCACUGUUUAGAUUCCUUCUUUUCGAAAAGGGAUAAAAAGAAGCUUUUACAGGCCUUCCCUGUAUUUGAGGCCGCGGAAGGGGGCCGUGUUCAUGCACCGGUAGAAUAUCCCCUUGUUAAAGAACUUGCUGAAUCGGUUAACAAAUACGGGGUAGAUGCUAACUUUACAAUCAUGCAGCUUGAAAGACUUGGUAGCGUGGCCAUGACUCCAAAUGAUUGGCAAAAUACCAUAAAAGCUGCUCUCCCUAGUAUGGGACAGUACUUAGAUUGGAAAGCCUUGUGGCAUGAUGCUUCCCAAACUCAGGCAAGGGCCAAUGCCCAUGCAGAAGACAAUCAGCGGCAAUGGACCUUUGAUUUGCUAACAGGGCAAGGCCAGUUUGUUCAUAAUCAGACAAAUUAUGAUUGGGGGGCAUAUGGUCAGAUCUCUGCUGCUGCUAUUAAAGCAUGGAAAGCCCUUUCAAAGAAGGGCGAGGCCGGAGGACACCUGACAAAGAUUAUACAAUGCCCUCAGGAGCCAUUCUCAGAUUUUGUGGCCAGAAUGACAGAAGCAGCAGGUAGAAUAUUUGGAGAUCCGGAGCAAGUUAGGCCAAUGAUAGAACAGCUGGUAUAUGAAAAUGCUUCCCCAGAAUGUAAAACAGUCAUUACUCCUAGAAGGAACAAAGGGCUUACAGAUUGGAUAAAGAUCUGCCAAGGACUCGGAGAGCCCACUCGGGCCUGCCGGGGCCUAUGUCGUGCCUGGGGAAAGCCUAAAAUCCUUAAAACUGAUAAUGGACCAGCUUAUACUUCCCAAAAAUUUGGACAAUUCUGUCGCCAGAUGGGGGUGACCCAUCUGACAGGUCUCCCAUAUAACCCUCAGGGACAAGGCAUCAUAGAACGAGCUCAUCGCACUCUCAAAUCUUAUUUAUUAAAACAGAAAGGGGGAGUUGAGGAGGCUCUGUCCUUAGUCCCACGAGUGACUAUCUCCAUAGCCCUUUUCACUCUUAAUUUUCUAAAUUUGGACAGUCAGGGCUGCAUGGCGGCUGACCGUCAUUACUCAGAGCCUGAGGCCAAAAGAAAUGGUUAA